UGGAGUUGGAAGAAGACGAGGACGCGUUGAAGAGCAGAAUCUAUCUUAGGCAAGCUAGAACAAAAAUGAAGGAAGUGGCGUCGUGCGUCCUGGACAAUGGGCGCGACAAGUUCUUUUCAUUGAUUUUGGGCUUCAUUGUACAAUCCCACGAUUUUCAGCUCGGAACCAUGUAUCCAUACAUUCAAAAAGCACAAGAGUUGAAUUGGGGCAUCGUAAUAUUUAAUCCCAAUGAGAAUUAUGGAAGAAUUAUUAGAGACGGCAAGCUUGUUUCCCGUGGGUCAAUCAAAGGUUCAGAAUCAUCGGAUAACCAUUGCUUAUACGUAUGGAAAAAUUUCGUCAAAAACUCCAAAGCUGAAAAAAUUAUGAUCGUGGCCCAUAGCUAUGGCGGUAUCAACACUACUUAUCUAUUGAGUAAAUUGGCCGACGAAUUCAGAUCACGUGUUGUUGCCAUAGCGCUCACUGACAGUGUACACAGUGCCUCCAUGAUUCCUACGCAAUUAAGAGAUUGGUUUGUGGGUCACUCGCUCAAUUGGAUCAGAUCGUCUUUGCCUCUCAGUAACCAUAUAGCGGAAGCAAAGAGGUUCUAUGGAUGUCGUUGUGUUUCAGCUGGUCAUCCGAAACAUGAAUACACCUCUGGCACGGCCUUUGAACACGUUUUUGAAUUCUUAAUACAUCGUCUAGAGAAGAGCUAUAAUAAUAAAAAAAAAGAUCAGGACACCAGCAAAGAUUCCAAUCAAAAUGAUAUGGAAAUAGAUAAGGAAAAUGAUAAAGAAAGCAUAAAACAAGACACCGGUGGAACAUGUAGUGUUUCAACAUCAACAGAUGCGCCCACUGAGAUGGAAAUAGAUGAUGAUGACAGUGCUGACACCAAAAAUAAUGACAAACCAGUGGAAAAUGAGAAAGAUGAUCGCGAGGCGAUAAAUGAUAAUUCAACAGAUCUUAGUAAAGCUAUAGUAGUAGCUCCCGAUACUGCGAAUGACAUUUCUGAUCCAAGUGAUGGUAAAGUAUUAACCGAAGGCAACAAACUGGAUCCUGAGGCAACAAAGGAUACUUCGACAUUCGCAAACCUUAACAGUGAAAAUAUUGAUUCAACGGAAAAUUCCACGAUGGAAAAUGAGGUUUCAACAUCCGUAGAUUCCGCGAUGGAAAAUGUGGUUUCAACAUCUGUAGAUUCCGCGAUGGAAAAUGUGGUUUCAACAUCCGUAGAUUCCACGAUGGAAAAUGAGGUUUCAACAUCCGUAGAUUCCACGAUGGAAAAUGAGGUUUCAACAUCCGUAGAUUCCGCGAUGGAAAAUGAGGUUUCAACAUCCGUAGAUUCUGCGAUGGAAAAUGAGGUUUCAACAUCCGCAGAUUCCUCUAUUGAAAAUGUAGUAGAUUCUGACCAAGUCUCGAUUGUUAGUAAGUCCUUAAAUUCUGAAUUAGAAGGUACCCAACUCUCUCCUGAAAUUCCCGAUGGCAACAAUCAACAAGAUUCAAACGUUAUAAAGGUUGAGAGUUCACAUGAACAAAGUCAAAAUGAUAAUACCGAAAUCCUCCAACAUUUAAAUGAUGAUCAGAAUACUAAAGUCGAUACGAACGAGAUGGAUACUGACAGCGGGCAUAUCCAAGGAAAAGAACUGUCAUCUACCGCUGACCAAGAAAUCAAUCAAUCCGAGGAAGAAGGCAUUUCCAAUCCCUCGAAAGAAUCGAAUUGA